AAAAAAAUAACUUCCCAUAUCCCUCGCAAAAUUCGAGUAUCCCCUUCACCAAGCUUUCAAAUAUACGGUCUAGAAACCACCGAUCCCCAUUUUAUCAAAUCCUACGGUCCAUAUUCCUCGAAAUCCUCGAAAAGCACACCGUUCAAAAUUAGGGCAUUCAUACCCCCAUUUUUCUAUUAUAACUAUAUAUUUAUUUGCCUCCCCCAAUUUCCCCUCCUCCACAGUCCACACUACUCUGCUCCAAAAGCUCCGUUGAUCUCUUUCUCGGCUUCUUUUAGAAAUUCCUCCCCCCAUUUGUUGUUUUUCUAGCUUUAAUCAUGGUUAAGGGUCCCGGAUUUUACUCUGACAUCGGCAAAAAAGCCAGAGAUCUUCUCUACAAGGAUUACCAGAGCGACCACAAGGUCACUAUCACUACUUACUCGCCUACUGGAGUUGCUAUCACGUCUUCUGGAACAAAGAAAGGCGAUCUCUUCUUAGCUGAUGUAAAUACUCAGCUGAAGAACAAGAAUGUCACCACCGACAUCAAAGUUGACACAAACUCCAACCUCUUCACAACUAUCACAGUGGAUGAAGCUACGCCUGGUUUGAAGACCAUUCUCAGCUUUAGAGUUCCGGACCAACGAUCUGGAAAGUUGGAACUUCAGUACGCACAUGACUAUGCUGCCAUAACCACAAGUGUAGGCUUGACAGCAAACCCCAUCAUCAACUUUUCCGGAGUGCUUGGAACCAAUGUUUUGGCACUUGGAACUGAUGUGGCCUUCGACAGCAAGACGGGGACCUUCACUAAGUAUAAUUCUGGAUUGAGUUUCACCAAUGCUGAUCUUAUUGCUUCACUGAACUGGAAUGACAAGGGUGAUACACUGAGUGCAUCGUACUACCACAUUGUGAGCCCCCUUACUAAUACUGCUGUUGGUGCUGAAGUGGCUCACAAAUUCUCGUCAAAUGAAAACACCAUCACUGUUGGAACUCAGCAUGCACUGGAUCCAUUGACGACUGUGAAGGCCCGUGUCAACAAUUUGGGCACAGCCAGCGCUCUGAUCCAACAUGAGUGGCGUCCCAAAUCCCUUUUCACCAUAUCCGGAGAAGUUGAUACCAAGUCUAUUGAGAAGAGUGCCAAGUUUGGGCUGGCUUUGGCCCUUAAGCCCUAGAGAUUAGGUUAAGGAAUUUUAUGGAUGGAUCAGACAAUUUGUUCAUUUUGGCAGUUAUUUUGGUGGAAUUCUGUAGAAAUAAUUUUAGACGUUUGCUUGAAUCCCCCAUACAUCUAGUGCUUAAUCUUUCCUUUCCUUUCUCUGAUGAAGUAACGUCCCUGACUGCAACUUCUAGGAGUUUUGAUUAAAUAUAAAAGCAUUGACGGCAAAUUCUAUGACAUUAUUGCUCUGGCUGAUAGUUUUCUUGUAGCUUCUCUACUUAUUUUGUGAACUGUUGAGUUAAAUAGUGCUGCUUUCAGUUCCUUAGUUAAUUGUCAUUAGUUUCUUCCCAAAUGGCAUUGACAUAUUGAACCCUCCAUGAGGUGCUGCUUCUUUAUUGAUUUACGCGUUCACCGUGCGGCACGCUGGUGUUGUUUUUAGUUAUAAAAAAAAUUUACAAUAGAACUUUAUAAUUUGUACAUGUUCAUAUUAGUUGUACAAACUUUGAAAUACAAG